AUGGACGAAUUCAGGCAGACGUUCAUCUCAUCAAAUAUCGAUAUUAUAUGUGUAUCCGAGACAUGGUUCCACUCAGACAUUGCAGACUCCAUCUAUGAGCUACAAGGCUACAAACUUUUUCGAUCCGACAGAGUAACCAAUGCCGGUGGUGUGUGCAUGUAUCUUCGAAAUGAACUUAAAUGUAAUUUAAAACUUAAAUCUAAUAAUGAUAAUCCAAUGGAAUAUUUAUUCCUGGAGUUGUUUUGUGCUGAUAAUAAAAAAAUUCUUGUUGGAACAGUAUACAGACCAAAUCGCAACGUUCCAUUUGGCUAUUUUACCGAUGCAAUUGAAGAACUCACAGUAUUCUAUAGUGAUGUAAUUAUUUCUGGAGAUUAUAAUAGCAAUCUACUUUCUGAAAGUAAAUUUGCUGAUGCCAUGAAUACUUUUGGACUAUAUUCCGUAAAUACCACAAUUCCUACACACUACUCUCACACUGGAAAUACUCUGAUUGAUGCCAUUUUCGUUAAUUGUCGGGAAAAAAUUCUUCUGUAUGAUCAACUUUCUGCACCCUCAUUUUCCAAACACGACUUAUUAUUUAUAAAGUACGAUGUAAAUCUAAAGAAAAAUCAAACAGAAUACCAGAUUCGCGAUUUUCGAAAACUUAACUACAACUUGUUGAACGAUUUAUCUAACAAUAUUGCAUGGGAUGCAAUAUAUGGUUAUGAAUCUGUUGAGGACCAAGUUAGUUUUAUGCAACAUCACAUUUCUUUGCUAUAUGACUAUUGUGUACCCCUGCGAAUAAUAAAAGGUAUACAUAAACAACAACCUUGGUUUACCCCCGAAGUCAAAAAUUUGAUUCAAAGAAGAGAUACCCUAUAUAAACGUUGGAAAUAUUAUAAAACCACAAUUCUAUAUAAAAAUUUCAAAGAAGCAAGACGCCAGGUCAAUGAGAAAAUCAAAGUAUUGAAAACGGAAUACUAUCGUCAGAAAUUUACCACGGCAGUAGAUAGUGGAUCAAAAUGGAAGGUUAUUCGUAGUAUUGGCAUCGGAAAGAAAAAUAUUUCCACUCCGGACAUGAAUGUUGAGGAUUUAAAUCAAAUGUUUGCUAACCACCAAAAUCUGACACCAAACUCUUCAAUCAAUAAUUUCUCCAACAAUGACUUUCGACCAAUUGCAAUUUUACCGUAUUUAUCUAAAGUUCUGGAACGCGUAAUGCAUAAGCAGAUUAAUAAUUACAUAUGCACAAAUAAAUUACUAACGGAGCGACAGUCUGGUUUUAGAUCCCAAAGGAGUUGCAUAACUGCACUUACCGAUGUUAUUGAGAAUCUGAGAUUGAAUAUGGACAACAACAUGUUAUCAAUUCUGAUGAUGUUCAACUUUAUACAAGUACACAUCUAA